AGAGUAAUUAUGAGCGCCAUCUAGGGACGUGUUUACCCUGAAUAAAAUGGACGGAUGAUAAUUAAUAAAUCCCUAUAUUUUCGUGAUUGAAUAAUAUUAGUACUUCACUUUAAAAAAGAUAACAUUUCAUAGUGAGUCAUAGAAAAUAGCACAAGAAUUUUAAUACAGGUAAGGGUUACCUUUUGUUAAAUUUCGUAUAGAACGCAUAUUCCUUUUAGGCCUUACAAAGACCGAGAACUUAGAUUUAGCUCAGACCUAAAUCUGCGAAUUGAAGGCAAGUAUGAAUAACAUCGUGCUUUUAGUUGCUACUACUUUUGUGGUCAUUUUAACGGCAUCUUGCGAUGAUAUAAAAGUGUCGGUCACUCCAAAACAAGCCGAUAUAGAAGAAUAUGAGUAUGUUCGCUUGAAAUGUAUUGUUAUAAAUUCUGCAGAUGAGAAGGUAAUCUGGGAAAGAAAAGACGCAAGUAUGGUCAUAAGUGAAGAUGAUGUCAUUAAAGCUGAUUCAAAGCUCUUCUCCGUUACUUUCGAAGCUAAGGAAAGUACCAAAACCAGCGUUCUUACGAUUCGAGGAGCUACGAGAAACGAACACGGUACCUACCAAUGCAGAGUGAAAGAUAUAAGUGCUGUUGCAAAAGUUGUAGUCAAAGGAUUACCUACUCCACAACCUGCGGAGGGAGCUGAUUUUACGAAAUGCUGUAUUCAGAAAAAAGUUUCAAAAUCUUGUUUGCCAGCCUGCAAACCCUCAACUAGAGGAGAUGAUUUUGACAUAACCCAUUGUUCGGCCGAUGUUGACAAACUUAUCCAUUGCGGUAGCGAUGGAAGAAAUCACAUCAACUGUUGUUCUAGAAACAAUGUUCACCCUACAUGUUAUGAUGUUUGUGCACCGCCGGCAGGCAAAAUAUUCGGAGACAAGUAUCUACAUUGCCUUCACACAUUGGAUAAUAUCAUUCAAUGCUUCGAAGAAGGACAGGGUUCACUACCUUCAAAACCUACAGAUUUAGAAAUAACGUCCAAAGAUGAAUCAUCUUUAACACUUAAAUGGACUGCAUCUUCUUUAAAAGGCGUUGUGUAUUAUGUUCACUAUCGAGCAGUAACAGAUUCCAGUUUUACUAGUAAAUUAUCAACUGAAACCACCUACAAGAUAGAGAAUCUGAAAAAAAAUGAACUAUAUUACAUUUAUGUUGUUGCUAAAGGACAACAUGGAUUUUCCUUACCUUCUAGUCAAAUAAGGGACUAUACAAAAGGACAAGUUAUAAUCAAGGAUGAUAUAGUUAUGAAAAAAUGCUGCGAAACCCAAGGUAUAAGGAAGGAAUGCGUCAAAAAUUUAUGUACAGCUGAGGGCGAACGAAAUAGUGCCGGUGUAGUUGCUUGUCACGAAUAUAGGACAAAGUUUUAUCAAUGCCUGAUAAAAAAUGAAGAUCAUACAUCUUGUUGUAAGCGUCGUGGAGUAAAUCCAACGUGUUAUAAUAUGUGUGAUGGAACUUUAGACGUUACUGACAACUAUGAUAAUUGCCAGUACUGGUUACCAACUAUAUUGUCAUGUGUUGAUGAAGGAGGUGUAAGCCUACCCGAAAUACCAAAAAGCGUUCGCGUUUUAAAUGUCAGAAAAACCGAAGCAGAUAUAAGCUGGAGGAUUAAAGAUAAAAUCACUGAUUUUAUAAUCAGUUACUAUCCUAUAGGGAUGGUUACUGAAACGAAAUCAACAACCACUUCUGAGACAAAAGUUACUUUAAAAAGUUUAAAUGAGGAUACUAUAUAUUUUGUUGCUGUUCAAUCAGUUAACGGUUCUACGAGAUCCUUGAAAUCGACAGAAGUUAGCUUUCUGACCAAUGAUGAAAGCGACUUAAUUAAUCCAAAUCUUCCUCCAAAAUCUAAUCCCUAUGAUGAAAAAAAAUGCUGUAAGGAUAACAAUGUAACGGCCACUUGCAUGGAGUUUUGUUCAUAUGGUCUGAAUCUUGCAAAUAUAAAUACAGAAAAUUUAAUUAAUUGUGUAUCAAAUAAUAAUUUUGGUUCUAUAAUAUCAUGUGGCAACGCUGGACGAGAUAAUAGAAGAUGUUGUGUUGAUAGACGCGUUUCUCGUAAUUGUAUUGACAAAUGCAAAUAUUCAGAAUCUAAAGAUGGAAAAUUAAAUUGGCUUUUAUCUGAAAACAUGUGUCUCUUAGACCUACCGUCGAUGAUAGAUUGUAUGGAAGAAGGUAUUAAAAAUCUUCCCAGUGCACCAAGAGGGGUCAAACUAGUUAGUUUAACAACUCAUUCUAUUACUAUUGAAUGGCAAUAUCCAGAAUAUCUUAGUGACAAAAUCACAAAUUUCCGAGUUUUCGUUGAUAAAAACCCAGAGCCUCCUGUUGAGAAGAAACUAAACAAGGCUGUUAUCCAUAAUCUUAAGCCUAACACUCAAUAUGAAGUAUACGUUAUUGCCGGAGCUUCUUCCGGAACCAGUUUACCAAGUGAAUCUAUUGUCGUCAGAACAUUACCCGGAGAUAAUUCAACCUAUUUAGUAUUGAACGUAACUGAUUGUUGCAAAGAGCAAAAAGUUUCAUCAUCAUGUAUGGAAGCUUGUUCAGGGAACAUUCCAUUAAAUCUGUACCAAUGCAGAGAUAAUUUGACUACUAUUUUAAAUUGUGCUGCAAAAAGUAAACCACGUCCUGAUUGCUGUAAAACAGCUAACCUGGGUAGCUGUUUGUCUACGUGCAACAGUGGUGAUUCAACUGGUUCACAUCCUGCUUUGAGGUGUUCGACGUCAUCCCUGAAGAAAUAUAUCUCUUGCCUUAACGAGGGAGCUCUUCUCCCAGAAGUACCCAAAGAUUUUAUUAUAAUAGAAAGAACACAAUAUUCUCUAACGUUUUCUUGGAAGCAGUCGGAUGAUCCAGGUGUUAGUUAUAACAUCUAUUAUAAAUUUUUAACUGGAACUGAAUCUUGGAAUAAAAGAACUAAUGUAACAUCACCGAUAAAACUUUCGAAUUUGGAAGCUGGUACUUUCUAUCAAGUUUAUCUCGUGGCGGUUAACAAAUAUGGAGAAGGUUCAAAAGAGAUUUUCCAUGUACAAACUGCUCAUGAUCAGAAUAUACCGAAAUUAUUUAUUACUUCCAAACCUACAACUAUAGAUAAACCUUUGAAGAAAGGUUCUGUAACGCUUACAUGCAAUGUAUUAGCUAAUCCUGAGCCAAAAGUUACUUGGAAGUUUGAAGAUACCGACUUCAAAAAGAGUCAAAUAACUUUUGAAAUAAGCCAAAAAACUCAAGGAAUUUAUACUUGCCGGCCUGAGAAUAAUAGUUCCUCCAUUAGCACCCAUGUUUACAUAAAAUUUUUGGAAAAACCCAAAAUAUCGGUAAAACCAGUCUUCAAACGUAAAAUAAUUAGUGAGGGAUAUUCCUUUGGAGAAAUUACUUGCUCAUUCAAAGGAUGGCCAAGCGUUGUAUGGUUAAAAAAUGAUAAAGAAAUUGAAUAUGGUAAAGAGGAAAACUAUCAUCUCAAUGUAGCUAGUGAAGAAAAUAAAGUAGAUCAUACAUUUGUUUCUACGCUUGAUUUUAGCCCAAUCCAACCAGGGGAUAAUGGAAAAUAUACUUGCAAAGGUAAAAAUGAUUUAGGAAGCGCUAAAGAAGAUAUAACAGUAAAUGUUGAUGAAGGAAAUCCAGAAAUAUUAAAUAAAUUUACCAAAUGUUGCCAGUCUGCUGUCUCAGAAAAAUGUAAGAAAUCUUGCGGUAAAGUAGUAAACGGGUCUCCAUGUGGAAUCGAAAUUUCAAGAUCUCUGGAAUGUGUCAGAUUGGUUCCAAAAUCAAUUCCAUCAGACUUGAAAAUAGUACAAUCAAAGGAAUGUAUAAAAUUAACGUGGAGUUAUCCAACAAAAGGAUCUUUGGUGAAAAAGUAUGAAAUAGAACUUUUCAAGUCAAAUAAACGAAUUAAAAUAUAUAAAAGCAAAAAUUUACAAGCAACCUUUUGCAUUGGACCAAAUAUGGAAGCGAGUACUAAAUAUACAGCUUCGGUAAUCAGCUAUCAAAUUACGAAUAGAAAGUCGUCAAGUCUAACAAAUAUUGAUUUUACAACUCCAAACGAGAAACCAGGCAAACCAACGAAUAUAAAACAAACUAAAGGAGAAGCUAUUACCUUUUCAUGGUCACCGCCAAAGGAUUAUCCUUAUUUGGUAAAAAGUUAUAGAAUAUCUUACAACUUGCAGAAAAAAUCCAAAACAGAACCAAAAACUUUAGAAACAAAGGUCGUCGAUUUUAAUGUUACAUCAAUUACCUUAAAACUUGAUCCUACUAAAAAAUACUCAUUCAAUUUUCAAUCUGUUGGAAGUUUAGGAUCGAGUCCAAAAACUCAUUUGGACGUACAACCAACAAAAUCCGAUAAAGCAACGAAGAAAAAGAUCAGCAAAACAAAUGCUGCCGCUAUUGUUGUUCCUAUACUCAUUUGUCUUGUAGUAAUAGCUGGCGCUGUUGGUGCUUUCUGGUGGUUUAGAAUAAGGAGAAGACCAUUCGGUUAUUCAACUUCUGCUACUGAACAUAGCGUCGCUUUCGAGAAUCCAGGUUACGGCAAUCUAUCAGAUGGUAAAAUAGGAAUAUCCGGAGAAGGAUAUUAA